CCCGCAGGUGCUGCAGGGCUUCGCGAAACCGCCGCUCCCCGUCCCCGUCCCCUCAGCCCCCCGCCCGCCGCGGGGCGGGCCCAGCCCCGGCCCCAGUCCCGGCCCGGGGUGGAGGCCGGGUCCCCGCCACCGCCCCCUGGCGGAGCCGCCCGCCGGGCCGCGCCGGGCCGCGCCGGGAGCCGCCGGAGCUGGAACUGGUACCGCUGUCGGUCCCGCUGCCGCGGCCGCGCCCGCCGCUGCUGGGGGAGGCGGCGCCCGCGACGCGCCCCCGCGCCCCGCCCGCCCCCGGCAGCAGCGGCAGCGGCAGCGGCAGCCCCAGCACCGCCGGCAGCUCCGCCGGCAGCUCCAGCACCAUGGACCUCUCCUUCAUGGCCGCGCAGCUUCCUGUUAUGGGAGGAGCCUUUAUGGACUCACCCAACGAGGACUUUAGCACAGAGUACUCCUUGUUUAACUCAUCAGCCAAUGUCCAUGCAGCUUCUUCCACACAGAAUCCACCAGAAGAGACAUCCCGUUCUUCAAAUGAUGCUAUAUUGUUAUGGAUUGCUAUAAUAGCAACAAUUGGAAAUAUUGUGGUUGUGGGAGUGGUGUAUGCCUUCACCUUCUAGGGUGACCAUCACUCUAAACACUGGAAGAGAGAAUAACUGCAACAGUAUUUGUCAUGUGUAUGUAUGUAUGUGUGUAUAAUACAUGUAUAUCUAUAUAAAUACAUAUAGGUAGGGACUUUGUUAAGUGCUGCCACAAUCACGGAAAAGUUAAUCAUCUUGAAUCCUGAUGGCAGAAGAGUUUGGAUGCAAUUGCAAAUUGUAUGGGGGUGAGAGCUUUAACUAAGAACAGAGCCAAUACUAGUUUUGUACAGGAAUGUAAUAAAAGAGAGACCAGUGUGGGUACAGCAAAUACAAAAAGAAAGGGAGAUUUGUAUAGAAAGUACUCAUUUUCUACUGUUUAGAUUUUUCUAGCGGCUCUUCUGGGUUUUGUCAGCUUUUUUGUGCAUUUUUUUACUGUGGUAGAAUGUUGUAUGAAAUUGUUCUGUGUCAUAUUUGCUGGACAUCAUAGUUUUCCAGAUGGAGUAAAUGGUUUGCAUUGGCUCAGUUCUGAUGAAGUACAAGGUCAUCGUGUAUGAGUUUCUAGCACGUGCAUACAGUACUAGGCUGUGUUCAAAAUUGUGAGUCGUAAACCUAUGACAGGCAGUUGCAUGCUGACACUUGCCUUCCAGUAUCAAUUACUUGAUCUGAUAAUCUAUGAAUUGAUGCUAAACCUGUCUGCUGUUUGCAGGAGGAAGCACAGCUAUUGCAAAGUGUGGCUGGUCUGCACUCCAGAGGAGAACGUGUUAAACAGAGCAGUAGCACAAGCCCCCAUUUCUCUCUAGGGGUACUGGACUGAAGUGCUUUGUAGAUGUGUCCCUUCCAGGAAACAAAGGCCAGAUACCACGCUUUUCAGCUCGUUUGACUGUAAUCCAGAUCUCCCACAGCAACUGUGUGCUUUCAUAAGAUUAUUGGCAUGUCAAAACAAUGUGGGGAAAUUGAGAAUUAACAGUGAGUAACGUCUAUGAGAAAAACAGAAUGGAAAGAAAGAUUGGACCUUUUUGUGCUCACAAGGGAGUGAGUACAAGAGUCAGGUAUGUCUGGGGUAGAAACAGCACCAAAAAAAGAGGUAGUAAGUGACAGGUAUGCAAGUGCUUAUAUUUCAGUAUUAAUAUGUCUCUGGGUUCUGAUGAGGCUUCUGGAAGUGAUUUUUAUAUAGCCUGCUUUAGGUAAUAACUCCAAUUAUCUUUCAGAUUUGUUCUGUUGGGGGACAGCAUUUUCACUGCAUUGUUCCCAUGAGCAGUUCCUUUUUAAGAGCUGUACCUUUUCAAAGCAAGCCGUAGCCUUCCUUGUUUCAGAGACUCUAAAAGCUUGAGGGAAGAAAAAAAAAAAAUCACCUCUGCUGGAAAUCUCCCUUCCCCCUUAAAAAAUAAACAGAAAUAUAUAAAAUGUCUGCACUUUGAGAGUAGCAGACAAAUUCUUCCUCUAUGUCUGCAUGUACUGUAUAGGUUUUCUGUCUCAUACAGCUACUACUCUAAUUCCAGAAAGCCUUGUCUGCAGGCACAGAGACUAUUUUUGAUACUUGCCUGCCACUGAGCUUGAGGCUGGACUGAGAGCUGCCAAAUGCAUAGAGGGGUUUGGAUUUUCUUCUUUUCUCCAUAAACCCAUUUUCCUGCAGGGCUGGUGGACAGUUACUUGAAUCAAAGCAGCAUGCCCCAAAUCAGUAUUUACCACCACUCAGUAGUCACUGUAUAUUUUUUUUCCCUUGCUAGGAACUGGUCUUUAAAGCUGGGAAAGAUGCAGACAGAGCUAGAAUGGGUGAGAAAAGAAACAGUUAUUUUGAGGAUGAGGAAAACAAUAACUCACUUGAGGAACAGUGCUUCUGUGUGUGCAGCUAUUUCCCUGUUUGGAGGUAGGAUUUUGUGAAGAUGGUUGAGGACAGACAAGUUCUGUGCUUGGAAAAAGUUUGAGAAGCCCAGUUCUGGAAGAUCAGCGGGACAGAAAGCAAAUUCUGUCUAAUAAAAUAGCUGUCUUAAGAAUGAUGUAAAAAUGAUGAUUUUUUUUUCACUGUCCUAAUAUAGUGAUUUGUUCCUUCAUAGGCACAGGAUACCAAAAAAAUGGGGGAGCUGCAUAAAUUGUGUACCUCUCCUGUUCUUACACUCCUUAUUCUCGCUGAGCAGAAAGCAAGCUGUUAAGUGAGGUUGGAAGGCUGCAGAGAUGUUUCCAAUACGGAAUUGAGCAGGACAAGGUCUGGUGUUCAAACGUGUAGGUCCUAUGGAGAUACUGCUUAAUGUACUGUCCCAACCAUUUUCGGAUAUUCUGCUGCGUCUGGAAUUGUAUCAAUAACUCAUGGACUUUUCUUCAGCAUUUCUGUAGGAUCUCUAGUUAUCCCAGAUCUUGCAAGCAUUGUUUUUGCAUGAAGGGCAAAACAUUUCCACCAUGAUUAAAACCAGUUUGGCAGUAUGGUACUUGCCCAAUGGGAUUAUUCUACUGUUUAUAUGAAUUUGCCAGCACUGUGCUUUGUUUAAAUGGCCUAGAAUAUUAAUCUAAUUGCAAUUAGCCAUGUCUCUGUUUCGCUGCCAAAGCACUGGACUAAAUUCUUCACCCAUGAAGAGCUUUAAAGAGGGAACAGCAAAGAGCUACCACUCUGCUAAUGAAACUGAGUGACACUUUUGUGUUGCUAUUCCCAAAGAAAGCGCCCUACUUUCAUGUGAAAUUGAUAGUAAUAGCAGGAGUCUUGGAAAACAAUGAGUUCUGCCUUCCUCAUCCAGCUUAUUGUCAUGAAUAUUUUCAUCGUUAGAGGCUGAGUUGUCAAGAAGGGCCAGAUACAACUUUAAUUAAAGUAAUUGACUUGACAGGGUGACAUGGCAAACUGGGUGCAGGCAGCAAUUGCGGGCAUUUCCUAUCUCAUAGUUAAACUUCACAGUAACUGUGCAGCUUUUCUGUUGGGAAAAAAAUAGUUUUAGGAUACAGGUGCAAGGAUACUGCAUGUGAGAGCUGGUAGAGAUUAUUGUCAGAUGUACUAAAGAUCCCUAAAUCACAGUGGGUGGAGCUGGUUCAAACUCUGAUCUACUCUGAGUGUAAUAACAUACAGUGUGUUUCUGGAUGUUAUGUUCAGGCUUAAUCCACUACAACCACUUCCAUCUUUUGGGUGGUUAGGGAACCCUUGAAAAAGGGGACUCAUCCAUCAUUAAGUUCAGAGAAGCCACAGAGGGGAAUGGAGAAGUGGAUGAAUGGUGGAUGUUUCAUAGGUAUGGUCCUGUCUAAUGUGUUGCUGCUUCUUUAUGUGGAUAUAUGUUAUACCCUGAACUGACAACGCAGCUUAACUUGGAGCUUCUCCCUUCCUUGGAGCCAGGCAGUUGGAUAACUGCUGGCACUCACUGAGGGGUGAUGAGGAAGCCCAAACACAUUCCCCAGAGCUGUUUUCUGAAGCUCUUCUGUAAAAGCAGAAGAGGACUCUGUGCCGUGCUAAGCACUUUGUUUAUUGGCGUGAGAGCAGGAUUCCACUUACAGAAGAGCUGUGCUUUAAAUAAAAGCAUCUAGCACAGAAAAGUUACAAGAUCCUGACUGGAGUUUGCUCUAUAGUAGACAAAGGAAAACAUUUUCUAUAUGCAGUGUUAGACCCCUAGCUAUGUUGUAAACAUCAUUGUACAAACAGAAGCAGCAAUACUGUAUGUGCUCUGCAAAGUUAUUAAUGGGCCAUGUGUAGCAGGUAGGCAAACUGGACGCCCUAUCAUGUCUCUUCUAGCCAUGGCCUCUAGGGAUCGAUACCAACAUAUCAAAUACUUAAACUGUCUCUUAAUAAUUUGUUUUGCUCUAAGCAGCCAGCAGCUUGGCACAGCAGCUGUGCCACCACCACAGCAUAGACACUAAAGGCAUAACAGCUAUGGAGGUGGGUGCAAAGGCACAUUAGAUAGGAGAACAGGGUAGGGAAACCUACACAGCUAAUCCUGCUAUAUUUUUAUCUGCAGGGCUAGGAGUCUGUGCUUGUCCACAGCAUUACAACCUCCUAAAAGAAAAUGAGGGAGGAGGAUGUAUGUCUGCUUGCAUAACUGAAUAACAGAUUCUGAAACUGAUGCAACAACCGCAGCAGAUUAAUCUGCUCCAAAUAAUGUAUUUAGCUAUUUGAGUGAUAAAUAGCUGAUAAAUACCUCAGAAGUAAUGAGAUUCCCCUCUCCAAAAUCCUUGUUUGCCAUGCGACUUGAGGGCAGUCAGCAUCCCACCAAAGUGCUGAGCAACCUGUAGUGACAAGUCCCAAAUCAGGAGUGAACAGAACCAGACAGCCAUUAUAGUCUUAUCCUGUACAUCCUUUUGAAGAUAAAGGGAAAAUGUGCCUUUGUGUCUGGGACCAAACAAAAACAUGAGUCCUUAGUCUAUAAGUUUUGAUGCGUAUUGUCUAUUAUUAGAAGCUUUCUUUUUGCUAUUCUUAAACAAUUUCAGUUGUUAAUAUCCUCUUCAAAUUUCUCUGCAGGCUGCUGAGAGUUAUUAAUUUAAUGUAGCUCUUUCCGUUUAUCUGAUGUAAUUUUACUGGGUUUCCUGUGGCUAAGCGCAGAGCAGACUCUGGAAAAUUAUUCUUUUUAAGGAUGAUUUCCAUUAUCAAGAGAAAAAGGCCAAAAAUCAGAAUUUCAGAUCAAAAAGCUUUGUGCUUCCAGAGCAUUCAGAGCUCUGGAGAAUUGGAAUUCAUCUGGUUAAUGCGCAGAAAGGAAAAGGGCAGUCAGGUCCCUGGUGAUAAUGUCAGACAUCAGGGUUUUGACAGGCAGAGCUGAGCGCUUCAUUAACUCCGGCUCUGCCCCUCUGAGCCCUGCUGGCUUCCUGGGCACGUGGCCUGAGCUGAGUUUAAGUGAAGUAACCAGGUACAGCAUGUCUCUCUUCAUUUUACAGUUUACUAAUCCUGAGGAAAAUACGUGCUUUUAUUCCAUUAUCAGAAGAAGAGCCGGAGAUCAAUAUUCUGUUAGGUAUAUUGUUAUUGGUACAUUGGUCAGCCACUAUAAGGGAAAGACAGGGAUGGCUGAACAUCUAGUUAGCCCUUUGCUGCUGACCUGGGAACAACCUAAAGAAAUCAAAGCAUCCUGAGGCCUUAAAGUCUCCUACUGCCCUUAAUCUCACACUAAUUUAUUGUGUUUCCUCAUGCAGCCCCUCUUUGCCUUUAAACGUUGUCUUUCCAGCUCAAAACAGGGAAAAUGAAGUCACCACUGUGCUCUUCUCCAGACAGUCAGGGAACUCCUAACAGGUAGGGACCAACCAUGUAGCAUUUUAGUUUUUGGCAUUUCAGGCACAAAGUAGAACAAAGGAGUCCGGCUGUCUACCGAGGAGACUCCAGGAGAAUAUGUCCCUUUACAGAAUGAAAUGCAUGGUAAUUUUAUUUCAUUCUGGCCUGUACCAGCUUAUUUACACCGAGACAGCACGGCCAGACCUACUUUUGCAGUAGCCUGUUUUGGGAAUUACAGCAGCACAGGAACUGGAAAAGAAAACAACCCUGAUAAUACAAACCUGUCACAUGUCUAAUCAUCUCAAUGAUAUGUCCCUGAAGGCAGGUUUGCCUGCAUUUCAUAGACAGACUUGAUCUGUUGGUACUAAAGCAAAUAGUCUUUUAUAUGAGCACAAGUUAUGUCUUCAUCUCUUUGGGAAGUCUUGGGAGCAUUAUGCCACCUACUCUAUCUUUCCUAUGCAGGCUGCUAAUGAAGAUGUUUUUUCAGUUGUAGAAAAUACUCAAAAAGCUUCCCCUGUUGGUAGAAUACAUGCAAAAUUUACCUUCCAAAGCUCUGCUGAGUCUCCCUGCAAAAGCAAAAAACACCUAGGUUUCUUAAGCAUGGAAUGUUAACGAGUCAAGUAUCAUCUGUACAGUAGCAUCGCCUCAUUUUAAUCCACAGCUUCAUGUCAGUACUGCUCAAAGGUGAUCUUUAACAAGGUGACAGUUAGAAAAGGCUGAGAAGAGAGACAAGCCACUUCUCAGGAAUGUCUCAAAAGUCACUACCUGAUCCUUUAGACUUCAUCAUUCCUCAUUCCUCUCUGAAGUACCCUGAUGUGAACUCACAUCCACUCUUUUAAACCCCCUUGACACCACCACAUGUCUCUAUGCUUCAUUUUAUUUCUCCCCUCAUCUUCUCUGUAUUCUUUUAAUUUCUUGGUAUCGGAGCACAUCUGGAAGCCAACAAUGUUCUUCAGCCCUUCUCAGCCACUUCUUUGACUGACCUUCACUGACAGUAACAUCAGUGAUAAGUAAGGACUUAUCACAGUAAGUGCAAAGAUCAGUGAUAUAUGGUCUCUUCCCACAGGAAGAUUACAAUCAUUAUCUGCCUUAGCAAACAGCAAAGUGUUUCCCCCAAGCAGAAGAGUAACAUGUGGCCAUGAAGAUUGGUACCUGUAUUGUCAGCAUCCAUACAACACAAAGAUACCUUUCAGACAUGCAGAUUUUAUUAAAUAUACUGCACUGCUCUGCAGUCAGCAUUUACUGAGCUUUUCUCAGCCCCAAAUCCCUUGUUAUUCUUAGCAAAUCAGUGGUAAUGCACUUGGGGUACAUCAAGGGGAGUGGAAGUGCCAUACACAGGAGACUUGCAAAGGCCCAUGUGAUUUAUUGUAGGGUCAAGGCCAUUAAGCGCUAACAAAUUUCAGCAGAAAAAAACAACCACAAUGAGAUAUGCCAUGGGUAUUAUCAAAUCUAGUCAUACCUGUAGUUCUCAGAUGCCUGGCCAAGCUGCAAUAGCCAAAUUGCACAUUUCUAAAUCUCGUUGUGAACAAAAGGAGGUGUAUUCCCUGGCCAGAACAGAGAUUGUUGAGAUUGUUGAACAGCCUCCCCCACAAGUCCUUUCUUGUUCUGGUAUUAUUUUGGGAGCUUCCUGAGCUGCAGUCAUUAAGGUGAUGUCGCAUUUCCUGUGGAGUUCGGUCCCGCUAAUAAACAAAUGAUUGAAUUGUUUACAGAUCUAGGCCUAAAACUCUUCUCAGUUACUGCCUUCAUAAGGAUGAUCGGAGUUCCUGGGCCUGCAAGCUGCUCUAUCCACAACAACCUUUGCCUCCACCUGGAAUCAACUGGAUUAACAACACUUCUACACUUCUGACAUCUGCUUCAGUGGGUCGUCUUGCAGGACUACCUCUGGGUUGCUGGGGUUUUAUUUUAAAUCUAUCUAAAGAUAGCUGUAACUUCCUAAUCAAAAGAAAAACAGGAAGAAGAAUACUGUAUUUUUUUAAAUGAGAAGGUAAUAAAAGCAAAGUCUGAAUAUUUUGAUAGAUAUGCUGGAAGGGUAUGUAAUGUAGCAAAAAGUUGCACUAUUUUUUCUAUCGUCUGAGAACCUAACCUGAGAAAUAUUUGUUCUUUCUCUGACAAAGACCUCUUUCAGUUAUGAAGUUAUGAAGUUUAGAAGGAGUGGAGUGCAAAGCGUCAGUGAAAUUUUACAGUAAUGUAAAUAAAUCCAGUAGCUAGCUUUGUGACGUAGCCUAUAACAUUUGUUUUUCAGUUAUCUCAAGUAUUGCCUAAUUGUUGUGUUUUGGGUUUUUUCCAAAACAAGCUAAGUAGUGACACUUCUAAAAGCACUUGUAUGUCAUGCAACAUUGCAGUCAUAUGGAAAUUAUAUCCUUCACCUCAUGUAAAACUGCUUUAUGGGAGCCCUUUAGUAUACACUGUUAUUUUUCUUAAUACUCCUUGACAAUUUAAUUCUCCUGUGCUUUCUCACUACCACCUUGUUUUGUACACUAAGGGGUUUGCAGGGCUUCUCUGUAUUGUUUUUGUAAUAUAUGGGUUGGUUUAAAGAAAAACCUUUACUCUUGUAAUAUUUGUUCUUGAAAUGUGGAUCUCUAACUGUAAAGAGAAAAAUAACUUUAAAAAUACCCUCUGUUUCAUUUAACUGUAAUUAGCAAAUUUAGUUAACAGAAAUGUAUUCUUUUAAGCUCUUGCUAUAUUCUUUUCCGGUUAUUGACUGCUUUCACUAUGUGUGUACUUUGUUCUGGUUCAUUCUUUUACUAUGGUGAAAAUGACACGUUUUGUUAAUAUGGGAUGGAAGUUGUGGUUUUGGAUAAAGUUCUUCAAAUUGA